AUGCGGAGGAAAGCGGCCAUUUGCUUGUCGCUAUUGCAAUUAUUCGUUCACUCAAAAAUCGAGCUUGCAACGACAUAUGUCUGCAAUUCACAAAAAGUUCCAAGCUGGGACGUCUACGGUUCCUUCGUUCCGGUUCCAGCGAAGACAGCCGAGCCGAGCUUCACUCCAGUGAAUGCUGCACCUUACAGAAGGUUCUGGUGCAAAACUUGCAGGAAGAUAUUCCCGUCAAAGUACCUGCUGAAGCGACACAUGAAACUUGGGUGCAAAAUGGAACCGCGAGCGUCGCAAUACGCGUGUAAUCUUUGUCCCUACAAGAGCACUUACAAAGCGAACAUGGACCGACAUGUUAGGAACGUCCACGAGAGCGCUGCCGCUUUGCGGUACCGCUGCGACCUCUGUGGCUUUUACAGCAACUAUCGGUUCUGCGUGCGCCGCCAUCUUAAAUCUGUUCACAGAAUUACUGGUCCGGAAGAGAAGCAGCUAAAGGCGCAAAAGAAGAAAGAUACCGAGUCAGAGCCUGAGUUUAUAAAUGAGGAGUCUCUGGAGGAAGUUUACGAGGAAGUUUAUGAGGAAGAAAUGAUAACCUAUGAAGUUGUUGAAGAAAUAGAAGUUGAGGAUGCAGUGGAAGGGGAAAAAAGUUAUGACAUGGAAGAAAUAGUCGAGGAAGAAAUAGUUGAAGAAGCAGAAAAGAAAAAUGAAGAAGAAAUGAUUGUUGAGAAGAAAGAAAAAAAGGUUGCAGUUAAAAAAGAAGCUACUAAGAAGAAGAACAAGAAGAAAUACAAGCGCAGGUCUAAGAUGUGUCAGUGCGAAUAUUGCGGAAAUAUUUAUGCUUGGUCAACAUCUUUAGCCCGACAUUUAAGAGAGUGUCGCAAGCGGAAGGACAAUAAAAUGGUGAACGAUGAGCCGAAGGAAAAUGUUGAAAUCAAGGAUGAAGAGUCUGUAAAGAAGCCGGUGGUUAAAUCAGUGAAAAUUUUAAGAUCCGGAGCUCCUGAAAAGAAGAGUUCCAAGCAGUACGAGCAUGAAAUGAAGAAGUACAAGUCCGCGGAUGGGAUGUACACUUGUUGGGGCUGCGGAAGGAAGUACCACUGGGCUUCUUCUUUGUCCAGACACCGGACUAUCCAUUGUGGUCCGAGGAACAAGAUGAAGUACGUGUGCAAGCUCUGCUCUUACAAGAGCGGGUACCGCGGGAACUUCUUGAGACACUUGAAGACUCCCAGGCACAAGAGGAAUGCCAGAUUCAAGAAGAUGCAGAAGAUAAUGGAGGAGGCCAUUCGGAAUGAAGAUGAAGAAGAAGAAGAGUUUGAAGAAGAAUAUGAUAUAUGA